AAAAAUUACCCAGUUCUGAAAACUGGUAGAAGAGAAUUAGAGAAAGAGCCAAAGAAGGAACAAACCAGAAAUGCAAUGCUGCUGCAACGCUAUCGUUUUGUAUCCUCAAACCCACAGAACGCGCUAUUUUCAGCCACCAAGGGUUUCGGUUACUCCACCACCACAACUUGAAGAAGAACCAGUUUCUUACGAAGCAAAAUCCAAACUAAUAACCAGUGCUUCAAACCCAUUCGUGAAGCACUGCCUCAAACUCCGUAACAACUCUUCUUAUCGCCACUCUCAUGGUUCCGUUAUUCUUGUUGGAUCUACACCUAUCAGAGAGAUCUACAGGUUUCAAGAAUCAACGCAAGGUAAAAAUGUUACCGUGGAUUGUUUAAUUCUUCCCGAGAAAGCUGAAAUUCCCAAUGGGUUGGAUGAAUCCACUAAUUCUAUUGUGCGUGUGAGCUCCAUAGUGAUGAGAAAGAUUUCAGGUCUGCAGUCGACUGAUUCAAUUGAUGCAAUUGGCCUCAUGAAAAUUCCUGCAAGCUUUUUAAACUUAGACGACAAUCAAAGUCACUGCCAGAAGUGGUUUCCAUCUGCACAUCGGAUUUUAGUCCUAGAUGGUAUUCAGGAUCCUGGUAACCUCGGUACAUUGCUCAGAUCCGCCGUGGCCUUUAGAUGGGAUGGAGUUUUCCUGCUUCCCGGAUGCUGUGAUUCAUUCAAUGAGAAAGCGCUUCGAGCUAGCCGAGGCGCCUCCUUUCAGCUCCCUAUAGUUUCAGGAAGUUGGAGUCAUCUAGAGUCUCUCAAAGAAGAAUUCCAAAUGAAGUUGCUUGCCGGGCAUCCAGACCACGACGGAUUAAUCAAGCCGGUUUGUUCACUUUCUCCAAGCUUUUGUGAUUCCAUAUCAGAUACACCAAUGUGCUUGGUUUUAGGCAGUGAAGGAAGUGGCCUUUCAGAAAAAUCUAUGAAAGCAUGUGAGCUUGUGAGCAUUGCAAUGACAGGAGAAUAUGAGUCACUCAAUGUUUCUGUUGCAGGUGGAAUUUUCAUGUAUAUGCUACAACCAAAGAACAAAUGACAUUUUCUGAGUUAUCGAUGGUUAAAACCACACUGUUUCGUUUAAAUAUAGACUAAAAUUGAAGAAAAACAUUAGAGAUCAAAAAUCAAAUUUCCUUAACUUUUUAGGGAUAAAAAACAUCAAGACUUCUAUAUUUAUAUGGUCUCAUUCAACAAGUCCGUGACACUUGCCAAAGAGGACAUGUACACCAAGCUUGCAAUCUUUUCUUUCUUUUC